GCUGAUCAUGUCCGUAUAAAAACAUAUGUAUGUGCACAUAUAAACAAUAGCAGAUAAUUAAUAAAAAUCACUUUGAGUAAAUAAAACAAAGCUUAUCUCUGCAACUUACGCAAGUUCCCAGAGAGCAACUGUGAUUAAUAUCAUCAUCCUCAUUAUUUAACUAUGAACUUUGCAGGCAAGGUAGUACUCAUCACAGGAGCAAGUUCCGGUAUUGGCGCUGCUACUGCAGUAAAAUUCGCUGAAUUGGGAGCUUUGCUGGCAAUAAACGGACGUAAUGUAGAGAGCCUGAAAGCUGUGGCAAAGCAAUGUGCUGCUGUUGGUAAGGAUCCACAUCUGGUGGUGGGCGACAUCUCCAAGGAAUCUGAUACGGAAAUUGUCUGGCAAGAAACUUUUAAGAAAUACAAUAAACUGAAUGUUUUAGUUAACAAUGCUGGUAUAAUUGAGACCGGCAGUAUUGAAAAUACCAGCUUGGCACAGUACGAUCGUGUGAUGAAUACCAAUUUACGAGCAAUGUAUCACCUGACAAUGUUAGCUGUACCGGAACUAGUAAAAUCGAAGGGCAAUAUCGUAAAUGUUUCAAGUGUAAAUGGUAUACGUUCAUUCCCUGGUGUGCUAGCCUACAACAUUUCUAAAAUGGGUGUAGAUCAGUUUACACGGUGUGUUGCCCUCGAACUAGCUACGAAAGGUGUUCGUGCAAACUGUGUAAAUCCUGGUGUUACCGUGACCAACCUACAUAAACGUGGUGGUAUGGAUGAGGAAACGUAUAAAAAAUUUUUGGAACAUUCAAAGACUACUCACGCUCUGGGACGUCCUGGUACAGUAGAUGAAGUAGCAAAUGCUAUUACUUUUUUGGCUAGUGACUUGGCAACUUUCUCAACUGGCGUUAGCUUAGCAGUAGAUGGUGGCCGCCAUGCUAUGUGCCCACGUUAAUGUACCUACGAAAUGUACACAUACUAAAACAAACCUAUUGAUUUCUCGUUGCAUUUAUUAUUGGUUGAAAUUAUUAUAGUAUAUUUUUGUAC